GAAGUUGCACUGAUUCCCACCAAAGCUUCCCGUGCCCCAACCCCAACUUCUCUUCUGCGUUUGGGGGAUUUUCACUCGCACCCCCAGGACGUCCUUUACGAAAUACAGCUCCCAGCUAAAGCGAGGCCCGAGUACCGCCUUGGCCCAGGAUGGCAAGAGAAUCGAGGCAACGCGCAGCCCUGGACGCCCAGUCUGCAGAGGACCAGACGGGACUCCUGACCGUGAAGGUGGAGAAGGAGGAAGCCUCCGCAUUUGCAGAGGAGGCCCGUUUGCCGGGCAGCCCGGCACCGGGCCGCGAGCGCUCCCGCCAGCGCUUCCGGGGCUUCCGCUACCCAGAGGCUGCAGGGCCCCGCGAGGUGCUGGGCCGGCUCCGGGAGCUCUGCUGGCAGUGGCUGCGGCCGGAGAAGCACAGCAAGGAGCAGAUCCUGGAGCUGCUGGUGCUGGAGCAGUUCCUGACCAUCCUUCCGGGGGCGCUGCAGAGCUGGGUGCGGGAGCAGUAUCCGGAGAGCGGGGAGGAGGUGGUGGUUCUGUUGGAAUAUUUGGAGAGGCAGCUGGAUGAGCCGAGGCCGCAGGUCACAGCUCGUGACCCUGGGCAAGAACUGCUCUGUUGCAAGACAGCACUGUUGACAAGAGCCCGGGGGUCACAAAGGAGCCAAUUCCUGCCGAUGAAGGCUCUGCUCAAGCAUGAACCUCUGGAAUCCCAGCCCGUACAAGACAGAGUUCUCCAGGUUCCUGGUGUUGCCCAGGGAGGAAGCUACAGAGAAGACACAGUGGUAGCUGCCAGGCUCAUCCCAGAGUCCCAGGGGUUGCUGAAAGUAGAAGAUGUGGCCCUGACCUUCUCCCCUCGGUGGGCACAGCUGGACUCACCUCAGGUGAACCUCUACAGAGAUGAGAGGCAGGAGAACUGUGGCAGCCUCAUCAACCUGGGUGGUGAAAUACAGACUAAGUUCAGGGACUUGCCUCUUAAAGAUGAACAUCUAAUACGAGAGUCGGGGGAGCUCCCAUGCCACCUGGGUGAAGACAUUGCCAAGAUUCCUCCACGUGCAGAAGCUAUUGAACAGGAGGGCAGGGUACACAGAAAGCAGAAAAAUGCCACAGGAAGUAGGCGGCACUACUGCCAUGAAUGUGGAAAGAGCUUUGCUCAGAGUUCAGGCCUGACUAAGCACAGGAGAAUCCACACUGGGGAAAAGCCCUACGAAUGUGAAGACUGUGGCAAGACCUUCAUUGGGAGCUCUGCCCUUGUCAUUCAUCAGAGAGUCCACACUGGUGAGAAGCCAUAUGAGUGUGAAGAAUGCGGCAAGGUCUUCAGUCACAGUUCGAACCUUAUUAAACACCAGAGAACCCACACUGGGGAGAAACCCUAUGAAUGUGACGACUGUGGGAAAACGUUCAGCCAGAGCUGCAGCCUCCUUGAACAUCACAAAAUCCAUACUGGGGAGAAGCCCUACCGGUGCAACAUGUGUGGCAAAGCCUUUAGGCGGAAUUCACAUCUCCUGAGACAUCAGAGGAUCCAUGGUGGGGAUAAAAACAUGCAGGAUUCUGAACAUGGAGACACCUGGGAAAGUCAGGGUAGAAUGGAAAACCAGUGGGAAAAUGCCAAGGCUCCCAUAUCUUAUAAAUGUAAUGAGUGUGACAGAAGUUUCACUCGGAAUAGAAGCCUCAUUGAACAUCAAAAAAUUCACACCGGCGAGAAACCCUAUCAGUGCAAUGCAUGUGGAAAAGGCUUCACCCGAACAUCAUACCUUGUUCAACAUCAGAGAAGCCACGUUGGGAAAAGAAUUCUGUCAUAGUGAGCCAUGUAGUACAUGCCAAAGGUGGUGCUCAUUCCUCACUGGACUGAAGCUACCCUGGAGCUCUUCCUAACUAUAAAAACUGUUGAGGGGCCUUUAUUUACCACUAAAUACCAUUAGGUUUUACAAAAUACAGAGUCUGGCUGAGACUAAUUAUCUUCCAGAUUCUAUAAGUUGACCUGAAAAACAACUUGUUUGAUAGAACUCAGUGGGAGAGUUAUGAGGAAGAGGUUGGACCUAAAAUGGUUUAUUCUUACUCAUUGAACUCAAAAGGGCUUCCAGUCUGGCUACUCACCCUUAGCCAGCACUUGUCACAUUUCCUGGGUAGACAGCUGUGAUUAUGGGGGCUGCACCCCUGAACAUUCAUUUUGCCUAUAAUGAAUCUUUGAGUUGGUCAGAUUCCUGAGUUCUUACACCCCCACUGUGCCUUGUUCAUAGGUGCUAAUAAAUAUUUAUUAAGUGUACCAGUGAGAUUUCCUUUAUAGCUCUGAAAAUCUGAUGCUUGUCUAGAUUUCUGAGAAAUUUCUAAUCAAAGCCAUUUGUGUUUACUGGGCCAGUUUACUGUACUUGUUGCCAUGUACAAAAUAUUGGCAGUUGGAGUGAGGAGUCCAUCUCUCUUCAUCACUACAGUACUUACAGUAAAAAUGCCUUAAAUAGUUUCUUUAUCAUGAGGACAUUGUGAGACAGCUCUAUCCGUGGAACUCUAUUCUUCAGUCAACAUUAAUUAUGUUAAUUUAUAUUAAUAUUGCUACUCUUCUGGAAGAAAGUUUUCACAUUCAGGCAAAGUGAAAAUCAGUUUAUCAGUCAGAUUAAAAUGAUUAAGAAUUUUGAUAAAUUUCUGUAAUGCUUGUUGGAGCUGUAAUGCUCAACAGCUUUUUUGUCACCAUUUAGUUACCCUGGGUUUAACCAAGUGCCCAGACGUCAUCCUUGUCCCUUUCCCCCCACCUUAUAGCUGACUGUGGAUCAAAGCUUGUGCCAGCUAAGCUCAAACUUCUCUAGGUCAAAAGGAUUCACACCAAAUACUAAUAACAAGUAUCAUUCAUGGUUUCAAAACUUCCCUGUGAGUUGGGGAUAGAAAGAUAGGCUUAGAGGCAGCAGAUGAAGAUAGAGAGUGAGUGGUAGGAGAAAAUCUAUCUGUUCAGAGGCACAUUGGAGAUGCUGAGUAUCUGAUCAAAGGACUCCAUAAUAUCCAAAGUACCAACAUGUCAAGACUCAAUGCUGUGAGUCAGUCACGAAAUAUUUUCAUAUCUCCUGUUUUCACCCAACUCACCUUUUACUGCAUCCUUCAAAGACUUGUAUCUACCUCCUAGGUACCUGAGUGCAUAUCACCAGCUCCCAGCAUUGCCAGGCUGUGCCAUGAAUGGCUUCUAUUUCUGAUGAAACCUGAUGGUAUUUUGUUCAGUCAGUACUGUAGUGCUCUUACAUAUUCUCACUCUUUCUGGAUUCCUACUCUGCAUGCAGUACCACAGGCUGAUUAGGGAUACUUUCCAAACUGUAGGGCUCUCCCUUUAUUAAUUCCCUACAGUCUUUCAUUGCCUUCAUAAUCCUCUUAACUUCAAGCUAAUUUAAACAUUUUUUUGCUUUCCAAAAUUUGGUAUUUUCUCCACUCAAUCUUUUCUAGUCAUUUUUUCCCUCUAAAUUUACCUUUUGUUAUUUCCACAAGAGCUAGCCAUUUCUCUUUUCCUUCUUUAGUCUUUAUUUUCCUUAAAUAUUUGCUAAUAUCUCAGAUUGUAAAUUCUCAGACUCAUUACAAACUAGUUACUCUGUUUUUCUAACUGAAAAUAAGUAUUUGAAAGCCUUUUACAAACCAGGAAGCAUUAUACACGUGUGUAAGUUAUUGAGAUUAACAAAGGACCACUGAGUCUCCUGUCAUACUUUCUGCUCCUUCCAAACCAAAAACACCUCUGCGGGGGCGGGGGGCGGGGGAAUUUUGGAGGAAAAUCCUUUUGAGUGCCUACUGUAUUAGACAAUGGAAGGGGCAAAACAUCUGUAUGUAUAUAUAAGAGAGAGUGUGUGUGUGUGUUCAUACAUACUGGGGCUUGAGCUUUCAGUAUAAAAUCGGUAAGACUUAACACACGACUAAGGCAAUGCAAUAAUAAAUACCUGCAAGCGGUAAACUGAGGGGUGUAGAAGCUCAGGAGAAGGGAAAGGUCACUUCCUGCUGGAAGAGUGAUUAUGAUUACAUGGUGUUAUGGAUUGAAUUGUGUCCCCCAAAAUAGGUGUUGUAAAUAGUGACCCCUAUACUUAUGGAUGUAAUCCUGUUUGGGAAUAGGGUUUUCUUUAUGAUGUUAAUGAGACCAUAUCAGUGUAGGGUGUGUUUUAAGCCAAUCACCUUCAAGAUAUAAAAGGAGAUCAGGUACAGAGAAGCAAGCAGAGAUGGGGGAACAUAAAUGCCAUGCCACAUGAAGAUUGCCAAGGAACCAAGGAACAGAAGCUGAAAAAAGACAAGGACCUUCCCCUACAGCCAACAGAGAAAGAAAGCCUUCCCCUAGAGAUGCUACCCUGAAUUUGGACUUCCAGCCACCUAAACUGUGAGAAAAUAAAUUUCUGUUUGUAAAGGCCACCCAGUUAUGGUUAUUUCUGUUACAGCAGCACUAGAUAACUAAGACACCUGGACAGAGUGACAUGUUAAAGGGCUGAAAAGGCUAACAGAUAAUUUGUCAAAGUUAGUAAAUAACACAAAUUUGAAGAGGUAGGUAGAUUACAGGGGCCUCACUGCCAGAGCAAGGAGUAUAAACUUUAUUCAGUAAGCACUAGGGAGCCACUGACAUUUUUUGAUCAAAGUAUUACCUAGGAAAAUUUACCUAGCAGUAUUGCAUAAUUGUUGGCUUGCUGAUAGGCAUUUAGCCACCCUACUUUUGUAUAUAAAAAGGUGUGUUUAUAAAAGAGUUACAAAAUUAGAUUUAUUUCAAGUGUAUUUUAAAAAACUAUUUUCAGAUGAAAUUAGAUUCAGUAAGAUAAGCUUCUUAGUUAAGAUAUAAACAAACAGUGGAAUAAAAUGCUACUUUUCAUGCUUUCUUAAACAUUUUUAUGAAUUUUAGUAUCAGCCAUUCUACUUCAUUUCUGCAAUUGAAGCAAUGCAGAAAUCCUCUUUUUUUUUUUUCUCCUAGUUUAGUAAUUGGUUAUAGCAUAUUCUUUCUACUUGGGUAGAAUGAAUGGCCAUAAUGACCAAUAGCCCUCCUAGAUUUGUUUUUAGCCUUGGCAAAGAUUUGCGUAAUCCUGUAAAAGAGUCUUUCUCUCCUUUUGUUAGUGGAAAAAAGUAGGAAUGAUAGCUUACCUCAUGGAGUUGUAGGGAUCUGCUUAUACAAAUGCCCUAAAAAUGUUGAUAAUUGGUAGAGAAAUGGGGAUUAAACACUUUUUAGAAUAUAUUUUGGAAAUACAGUUGUUUAAUAAUAAAGAUUAUUUUUAAAAAAAUUGGUCUGCGACUCUGUGGCAGUCUUGAUCUUAUCUACUGACGUCCCAAACCAACUCCUCAAUUAUUCACGAGAAAUUCAACCACUAGGUAAUCAUCAGGCUAUCUAUUUUUCUCUAAACUCUUUUUAGUUCAUCUUUUGUUUUUCCUUAUGAUAGUCAAAAUUGGGUCUGCUGGAUUCAUAUGAGAAAAUUUUUUCAGUCAGUGUUGUAUAAGUGGUAUUUUCAGAAUGACUGGUUUUCUGCUAACUUUUCAUUAGCAUACAUUUCCCUUUAUUAUAGAAAUAUGCUUUUGUUUUUGCACCUACUCACAUUUCUUGGUUUCUGGUAUCAGGAAUCACUCCCUAUUUACGGUACCAAUCUAAGACUCUGGAAUUCAAAUAUAACAAAUUUCCUGGUCUCUUCUCACUAUUAAUGGUUUAACCAUUGUGAUAUAUUCUCACCCUCUGUAUGUGUUUUAUCAGAAAUUGGUUGUCAUCCAAAUACCCGGGCACACCUGUCCAAGUACCUGUUUUUAUUCCAGUUUUUAAGUGUUGAUGUAACUGUUUUCAGAGUUCUACAGGGAAAAAAAUCUGACCAAUCCUAAUUAUUUGUAUAAUAGUAAUAAAUCAUGUGGUUAUUCUUCUUGACUGAGUGAAUUCUUGAACAGAUCAAAAUGCAUUGCAUGGAGGCGCAGCCAACAUGGUGCCAUAGACAGAAGUGCCAUACCAUCCCUCUACAGCAAAGACUCAAAAAACUAAGUAAAACAUAUACAAACAUCAAUCCUGGAACCCUAAGGAUAAAAUGAAGGGAUAAAGAAGUAGAUCAAGCACCAAAUGGAAGAAGAAACUGACAGAAUAGAGAAUGAGGAGAGCUAUGGAGUGGAGGACCCCUGCCAGCUAAAGUGGCAUGGACUUGCCAUCUUGGAGCACAGCCACCAACAACCCCAGACAGGGAGUAUGGGAAGGCAACUUCACGGAGUUCCAAACAGGAGACAGAGCACCUGGUAACCAGAGAUACAUGCUUUCCCACCCCUCAUCCUUCUGCCCUGUACACUGCCUUCACUGCUUUUCAAUGGCCCAGGGUCAUUCAGCUGGAGAGACACGGGCUCAUUGCAUGGGUCUGCCAUGUCCCCAAAUGCCAGUUCCCUCAGCACCAGAUUUUUUUUAGUUUUGUUUUGUUUCUUCUCUUUCUGUUCCUUCCUUUCCUUUCUCCCACCCACCUAGCCCCAUGUGCUGCCCACCCCUUCUUGACAGGCCAUCCUGCACUGC